GCAUAGGCCUAAAAAUAAUAUCCUGCUGGGAAUGUUUUUUUAGCUUUUACCUAAUUAUGUUAUGAGUUAGGUUUAGGGUCCUAGGUCCACACGGCUAAAUAGGAGUUCAGGAAGCAAACAUUUUUUAAUGUUCCUCUAUAGUCUAUAGUAAUAGUAUUAAUUUAAUUCUAUAAACAAGAAAUGGCACCGUAUUUUGUUGACUAGCCCUUGUGUACACUUUUACUUUAGACUUUAGUAUUUUUUUCCCCACUUAAAUUGAUUAUGAUUAUUAAUUCAUUAUGGCUGGCUAAAUAAAAAAAAAAUGGGAGUUACUGGUCUGUGGUCACUGCUGAAACCAGUGAAAACAAAUGCAUUAUUAACAGACUGCAAGGGAAAGAAAUUAGCUGUUGACCUUAGUGCGUGGAUCGUUCAGUGUUCAACAUCAGGUCCAGGGGGAUCAACAGAAGCUUUUAUCAAACUUUUAUGCUGCAGGUAAUGUUUUUUGUACUUCAAUUAUCCAAUGUUAAUAAUUUGUAGGUUUAAAUUUCCAAUUGAUUAGGCUCCUACCUAAGUAUAGAUAAUAGGCCUGCUUAUUAUAUAAUAAACCAGAGCAUCCCACAUUUUUUUGUUUGUGUGUAGCUGUGCUCAUUUAAUUUAUACUUUAUACACCCCCCUAACCCCUUUUUAACCCACUAAAAUCUCUGGCCAUUUUAUUUUCAAGGGUGGACAUUUCAAAAUAAAAAUAAAUUUAAACCAUUGUUCUGAAAUAAACAAAUAACUAGGCCUUCACAAGACUAAAAUAAUUUUUACUUUCUUAUUAGUUUACACACUAAUUAGACAUUUAAACAUUAGGGGCCUACUUCUUAGAGAAAGCUGUUUUUGACCAAAGUUCUUUGUUUCUUAAGAGGUAACUAUAAAUUUGAGUGUCAUACAAUAUUCUUAAAAUUGUAUUGAGUAUUGUAUGAGUAUUUUCACCUUUACCGACUCCACAUCAAGUCCAUUCAGCUUCUUGAUUCACUAAGAGUUUAUCAGUGAAAAAAACCAAAAACCUUCCAUGUUUCUUUUAUAGGGCCAUCCAUAAAUUAUGUCUCAUAAAUUUUGCAGAUUGUUUACCCCCACCCAUUGUUACAAAUUAUCUAAAAAGUUCACGACUGUCCUUUACAAACCCUUAAAAUAAUGCAUUACUGCAUCUGUGUCACAAAAAUUUCCCUACAACAGUGGUUCCUAACCAGAGGUGAAUGCCCCCACUGUGGUGUGGAAGACCCUGAAAAUUGUAUUUCCUGCCAUUGCUAGUUGUUGCUGCCUUAAAAAAAAUCAAUUUCAUUAGCAGCAGUAUACAUUUUUCUGGUGAAUUUUGUUUGGGCAUUACUUGUAUAUUUUUUUCUUUCUGUUUCUAGAAAGUUAAUUAAGAUAUAAUAAUUAAGAAUGAUAAUUAAGAAAUAAAACUGAUUAUUAAUUAUAUUCAUUAAAAAUUUUUUUUAACUAUAUACAUUUUCUGGGAAGUGUGGGGUUUGUGGGAAAUGUUUUGAAAUUGAGAGGGGAUGCUGCAGUGCAAAAAGGUUAAGAAUCCCUUUCCUAGAACAUUUACUAAUAAGAAUUUUAGUCUUUAAAAAACAUAGAUCAUUAUUUACCCAUGAAAUUUUUCAGAGGCAUCUUCUUCAAAGCUUUGAAACUUCUGUCAUGUGGAAUCUCUCUUGUUUGCAUUUUGGAUGGACCAGUACCUCCUUCUGUGAAAAAGAGUGUUAAGAGUAGAGAAAACUUUUAUAAAUACACAUUGGAGGUAACAUAAGCACAUCCAAGUUUUAUUUAUUUCAUUCUCUACAAUAAGCCAACUUUUAUAUUCAGUUUACAUUAGUUUAGUUGAAAAGUUUCUUUGUCAGUAUAUCUUAAAUUUGGAUAUAUUUUGUCAAUAUAAAGAAUUUGAUUUUCCAGAUUCUCUGGCAGUAUUUAAAAUAUUUAAAGUAAAGGCAGAUUAAAGCUAAAAAUGACAUACAAAUGCUUUAAUUUGUUCAAGAAUUUUUUAAUAAAGGAUUAAUAUAUAUAUUGGUGAAUUUAAACCAGGAGCCAGAAUGAUCAACACAUUGAUCGUGAGCCCCUCAAAUAUAAGAAGACGAAGGGUAUCUGAAUGUUUUUCAUGACUUUUGCUGAAUACUUUUGAUUGAAAUUACUGUUCUUAGACAAUCCCUUAGUUAUUUUCUUUUAGUAUUGACCUAUAUUUUCUUUUUAAGAACAUUUUAUUUUCUUGAUCAACAUCUUCUUGAUCAGAUUAUUCUGCACUGUGUGAUGUCUGAUAUUUUGAAGACUGACACCAAUCUCUGCUCUGGAGAUUAAAAAAAACAACAUGUCUUUAAUUUGUCUUCACCAGCUGAAAAUAUCACUUGAAAAGUGUGAUUUUGCAUAAAUAUUGAGCCUUUGUUUCUUGGAUGAUACAGAGUACUGGCACAUAUAAUUUCAUAUUGUUUUACUCUACUAUACUUUUUAAUCUUUCAAGAAUGUUCAUUUUCCUAUCUGCCACAUUUUGCUUCCUGAUAUCACAAAAAGAUACUUAUAUGAGUGCAUGCCACAUUUCAGUCAUUGACUUAUUUCAUGUUCUUAUAUAGAACCAGUCAUCCCUGAUAUUAUGAUGGAUGAGCUUACUCAAAGCUCUACAACUUUAUUCACACCGGUACCAGAAUACAUAUGUGUUUUCAACAUCUUCUACAAAUAUAUAUAUCUAUAUAUGUUCAGAAAAUAUCUGCAGUUAAUGUUGUAACAUGGUCUUUGGUUCAAUUAAGAAAAUGGACUUCUAUAUAUAGAUGUUUUAUAAUCCAGCAGCACAAAGUUUUUAAUAUUUUGUCUACUCUAACAAUCUUUAGUCUUAGACAUGUAAGGAAAAAGAUGGACAAUGUCUUGCCCUACACUUUCAUUUCUAGGACAUUGGCUCAUAAACCUAAUUACCUGUUCUUAAAAAUAAUGAUAGCAAACUGCUUAAAUACUUUACCUUAUUCAUUUUAAUAAAAUAAUUUAUGCUUUUUUCAGUUGAAGGAGUUGUUACUUGCCAUUGGUAUACCUGUUAUAGAAAGUAACGGUGAGGCAGAGAAGUUGUGUGCCUGGCUGGAUUUUAAUGAAGUAAAUAUCUAAUAAUGCAGAUUUAAAAAAGAUCAGAACUUAACUUUUUUUUUUUUUUUAAACUGUGAAAUAAUUUCCAAUGACUUAAAAAAUAUUUUUUUAUAUUAACUUUUAAUAAACAUUUUACAAAAAUUGCAGUUUUAAAAAAAAAUGAUUUUAAAUGGUAUAUUUAUAGAGACAGUCAUUCUUUUAAUUCCUGAAAGCAUCCGGAAUUAAAUGUUUGAUAAAGUAAACAAAAGUAAAGCAUGCUGUAACCAAAAAAAUUUCAGUGCCACAGCAAUUACCUUUUUACAGUUACGGUACUUACUUUAAGUGAUCCAUGUUGAGGGCAAAUUGAUUUCAGGUUGUGGAUGGUGUCUUAUCUGUUGAUGGGGAUGCUCUCAUUUAUGGUGCUAAGACAGUUUACAAAGGAACUUUGACUAAUAAAGUGAGGCCUGUUUUAAAAAGUGUUUUUAUUUUAAAAAAAAAGAUAAUGAUCUUUUUAGAAGAGCUAAAAUUGAUCUGAGGGCUAAUGAGAAAAAUAACAUUACUCCCUUAUUCUAGAAGAUAAGAUAAGAUACGAUUCUUUUACUGAUCCAAAUAAAUGGAAAUGUGUUUUGAUUACGUUCUGCAUAUUCAAUUCUCGCAUAUAAAUAAAUUCAUAUUUUAACCAAGGCAACAUUUUACAAUUAUAAAAAUUUAAACACAAGACAUCUAAAGUGUUUCUCUUGUGUAGAAAUCAGCCAUCACUGAACUCCCUUAGAGCCAAUAAUGGUUUGAUUAGUGAUCAUUUAGAUUUGGUCACCACUGGGGGAGCAAGCUGAUAAAUUCGUUCAGACUUGGCAACAAAAGAAAUUUAUAUCUUUCUGUCCUUACUUUAAGAGAAAAAAUUCACCCCGAUCGAGCUGAUGAUUAAGAGGGUGGGAAGUUGUUGUUUUUUUUUCAGUACUUAGCCUACCGUAGCCAUACAUUAGACAAAUAUUUAUUACAUAAAGUUUUUUUCUCAGGAACAGUCAGCAGAAAAAUAUGAAAUGGCUAAAGUUACUUCAGUCCUGGGACUGACUCGGAGAGACUUGAUAGCAUUUGCAUUACUUAGCAAAGGAGACUAUUGUGAUGGGGUGCCCAACGUUGGUGAGAUGAAAUUUAUGGAAUUAAUGAAAGAGUUUAAACAGAACAGCAUAGAGGAUGCUCUGUUUAGGUGCUUUACUCACAUCAUUUAUUUUCAUUUUUAUUCUAUUAAUUUGUUAAAAUGUAUCUGAUUUAAAUAUAAUAUACUAGGGCUUAACCGGGGGUGCAGUUUUUUUAAAACAGGGUCUGGGUAUUUGGACAAAAUAACCUUUGGGUCCAAGUGUUAAAAAAAAGACUUCUCAUUUUGUAUACUUUAUGCCUGCCUUAAAACAAUAGGCCUACAGAUAGUCCUACACCACACCUGCCGACCUUUAAACAAUAGUCCCACACACAGUCCUACACCUGAGCUUCGACCUUUAAAUAAUGGGCCUACCAACAGUCCUACCUGCCGGCCUUAAAACAAUAAGCCUACAGACAGUCCUACACCAUAGCUGUGUCUUUUUUUAGGUUAAUAUUGUCCCCCUAAAGAAAAAAACUGUUUAUAUGAGUUAACCGUCACACGUGAAGGGGGAAGCAAAAUGUACCGGUACAUCAGAGAUCGUCUAUAAUUCCUAUCAAACAAAAAUAAUUAUUUUUCUUCGAUGUUAGAUGAGAAGUAUUUAAUAAUACUGACAUGUUGUUCAUAAAUUAUAUUAUUUCUCUAGAGUGCCCCCAAUAUUUUAAAUAUUUAGUAAUACCUUUUUUUUUUAAUUCAAUGAGCCAUUCUGGCAUGUAACAUUAAGAUUUUAAAACAAAAUUGGGAUAAAGGUCAAUUAAACAUUUCAAUGAGACGCUUAUGAAUCAAUUGCUUACAUUUGUAUAUCACCAACUCUAUUUUUAAAAAAAACAGAAAUUCAAUAUUUAAAUUCCAAACAUAUUAAUUACUUUUUUUUUUUUUUUACUACAAACAGUCCUUAAAAACUUAAAUGUUUGUUUCUGUUUCUGCACACAAAUGCAAAUGAGUCAUAGCUUUCAUUGAGGCUAACACCUUGCUCAUAAAAUCUUGUGCAGAAUGCAGUCAUGGAAGAACAACACUGCAUUAGACGCAUUAGAAAGUAAGCAGAAGUCCUUGAAGGAUUUUAAAAUUAGUCAUUGCAGCCAAUGUCACCACCAAGGUAGGUGUGGAUUUCUGGUGUUUUCCCCAGGAAUUAAAUAAAUCAGUGUUCUAACAUUACAAGGUGUUGAUUAAAAAUAAGUUGUUGUUUUUUUUUAAAGUAAUAUAAUCCUUUUUGCUUUAAAGAUGCCUAAUAUAAUCCCAUAUAAUGCUGCAAAAUAUAUGGUAAAAAUAGGGCUCAACAUUUUUAUUUUAUAGUAAAUAUUUAUUUUAUUGUUAUUUUAUUAUUAAUAAUGUUAUUGCACAUGGACAGUAACAUUGACUUUUUUAAAACAAUUAGUUGAGGGGCUUGUGUUAUAUGUGGAUCAUGUUAUACGCGGGAUUGUUUAGAAGGGGACUUUAAAAUAAAACAUUAUGAAACAAAAAAAAACUUUAUGAAUGUUUAUAAACCCAAUAACUCCCUUAAAAACAGUGUGGCAUUCUCAAAAUCGGACGAGUUUGUUUCAUUUGAAAUGUGCAAAAUGCAACUUAAUUACGGUGAACAAGUGAUGAUGUUUCUGUGCAUAUACAGGCCACCUCCAAAUAAGCAAAAUAAGUUGAAGAUAUGUCUGUUUACUGUGGAGUUUAUACAACUCCUUGACAUGUAUGCCACCAGCAACAACAAUGUCAUCAUAAUCGGUGACAUAAACUGCCAUUUUGACUCCACCACCGACAGCUACGUGAAGACCCUAAAAUCAGCUCUCGACACACACGGAAUGACUCAGCUUGUCAGUGUCCCGACACAGAAGCGAGGUUACAUCCUAGAUUGGCUUGUUGUCAGAGAGGACCGGGCAGCUAUGAUCCAAAACCUCAUUAUUGAGGACAAACUUAUUUCUGAUCACUUCCCAGUCGUCUUCGACUUUGACUUGAGGAAGCCAGGACGCCUUCUGCGAUCAGUAACAUCCCGUGACCUCCGACAGAUAGAUCUAGCGGCCUUUAAAUGUAACGUCGCAGCCCUUGAGUGCGGUAUAGAUGACGAUGCUACAGACUACAACAGUGGCCUCAGAGUCAUUUUAGACAAACAUGCACCACUGUCCACACGGCGCGUUACGGACCGCCCUUCCGCCCCAUGGCCCACGCCCGAAAUUAAGGACGCUAAGCAGAAGCAGCGACGUGUAGAACGCCAAUGGCGGAAGUCGGGCUUGACUGUGCACCGACAAAUCUUUGUUGACCACAGGGAACGAACCAAGAGGUUGGUCCUUGCAGCUAGGACUGAGUAUGUUAGUCAUCAGAUUACAGGCAGCAGCUCAAGCAAGGACUUAUUUCGCAUUGUGGGUCAGCUGACCGGUAAAAACAAGGCUACAUCUCUGCCAAAUAACAUUGCUGUAGAAGAGCUGCCAGACGCUCUAAAUGACUACUUUAUUACAAAAGUUAAGAGGAUCAGAGCGAAACUUGACAGUUGCAUCGAUAUUGCUCCAGAAUUCUCAAUAUUCAACGGUUCUUCUAUGGCUGAAUUUGUUGAGGUCAGUGAAUCGAAUGUGAGGAAAAUCCUCGCUGAUACCCCAAGAAAGUCAUGUUCGCUUGACCCUCUUCCAGCAGGGCUCUUGUAUGAAUGUCUGGAUGAAAUAGUCCCCAUCAUCACUUAUAUCAUAAAUCAGUCCUUAGCUACUGGUAUUGUUCCAUCAUCUUUUAAAGAGGCGAUCGUCACUCCACUAUUAAAGAAAUCAAAUCUUGACCCAAAUGUGAUGGAAAAUUAUCGCCCCAUCUCAAAUCUACCAUUUAUUUCUAAAAUCUUAGAAAAAGUCGUUCUCCUCCAACUCCUGGAUCACCUCACUCAGUUUGACUUGUUUGAACCAUUCCAGUCAGCAUACAGGGCGCAUCACUCUACUGAGACAGCCCUGUUGCGCGUCGUAAACGACCUUUUGUCGUCUUGUGAUGAGGGCCAGGUAUUGAUUUUGUCUUUACUCGAUUUAUCGGCAGCUUUCGAUACGCUCGACCACGGCAUACUGCUUCAGCGUCUGCAACAAACGUUCGGUCUCACUGAUACCGUCCUGUGUUGGUUCCGAUCGUAUCUGACUAAUCGGGUCCAGUCAGUUAUUUCAAACGGCUUGACCUUGAAGAAAUCUAAUAUCGAAUUCGGAGUACCCCAGGGCUCGGUCCUAGGCCCGGUGCUUUUCACGAUGUACAUUCAGCCCCUGGGUGCAGAGAUCAGACAGUUUGACAUGUUGUAUCACAUGUUCGCGGACGAUACACAACUUCAUCAAUCCAUGAUCCCUUCUCAGUUCCCUCAGCUGCUCAGUAUGACACAGAAGACAAUGGAGUCAGUUAAGCACUGGAUGACCAUAAACAAGCUCAAAUUAAAUGAUGAUUUAUAAGACUGAGCUGCUCCCCAUCGCGACCACUCAGAAGCAAAAAUCUGCAAAUAACACGACAUCCAUUACUCUCAGGUGUGCGUAUUGAGUUAACUCAAACAGUGUGGUACCUGGGUGUCUACCUAGAUAGAAGACUAACUUUUGAAAGUCAUAUUAACAUGCUAUGCAAGGCGAUUUUUCUAGAGCUGCGCAGGAUUAGUCACAUCAGGCCCUUCCUAACAAGUGAUGCAACAAAGAGGCUAAUGUCUGCAUUUGUGCUAUCACGCAUGGACUAUUGCAAUGCUCUCAUGGUGGGUCUUCCAGCUACGCUCCUGGAUAAAAUUCAAAGAGCACAGAAUAAUGCGGCUCGCAUUGUUCUCCGCAAACGCAAGUUUGACCAUGCAAAAACACUUCUGAGAGAGCUGCACUGGCUGCCGGUGCGUGCUCGCAUAGAGUACAAAAUCGCAACUUUGUGCUACCGCUGCUUACAUGGCCUGGCGCCGUCCUAUCUGAAAGAGCUGCUGACGCCUUAUGUACCCACUAGAGAGCUCCGCUCAUCCGAUAGUGGCAAACUCUCAACACCACGUGUUUGCCUUGAGACUUACAGAAAGCGCACUUUGGCAUUUGCUGGUCCAACAAUUUGGAACGCCCUUCCUGUCGAUCUAAGAAACAACCAGACACUGGAGUCCUUUAAAACCGAUUUAAAGACACAUCUAUUUCGCAAACACCUUCUGGGAUGAUUGUCUACCUUAUUUUCCAUUUAAUGCAUAAUGGCUGUGUUGCUUAUGGUUGAAAUGGCUAGAAAGACUUUGCCAUUGUAUGCUUGUAAUUAGUAGUGUUGCAUUUAUUUUAAAUGUGGUAAAUUAUAGAAUUGUUUUUUGUUGACUUUGUACCGCGCUUCGAGCCUUUGGGGAUGAAGCAUGUUUUGAAAUGAAAUUUAUUAUUAUUAUUAUUAUUAUUACAUUCUAAGGGACCAAACAAGCUCAUGUCAAGUCUGGCUGUGUGGCUUGUCAAACAGUUCAAGCUUGUACUUCAACCCCAAAAGAUGCUGUCUCUCAACAGCAUGGUCCUGUAUGCCCAUGUCAUUGGCAUUGCUUGGAGCAAGAAACCAGACCAUACGGCAGUGAGCUUAAGAUACGGGCCAUGGCCUUGGCCAGUGAUCCAGGCUUUCCAGACAAUCUCGUAAGACUUAUACUGCAGUGUUGGGGGGAAACAAAGACCUGUCAAAAAUGUGUCUUUAAAAGUAAAACUGUUUUAAUACAACUUGCUGAUGUUGGUCAACCCAUUGGCCUGUAGAUUUGAGUUUCAGACAUACUUAUAGAGGUUUCAAUAAAGCAGGUCCACUUUCAAAACAAAAAAAAAAAGAGAAGAUUGCGCUUGUUGUUAAAAUGGUAAUAAUCUGUAGCACUCAAGCACAUGAAUGUUAUAAAUUGUAAUUUGUAUUCCAUAGCUCUAAAAAAAAGUUGUUGUAAAUGCACUAUAUUGUAUAUAUUAUAUAUUCAUAGAUGCAUAUAUAAACCUAUAUACAGGUAUUUGUGUGUGCGAAUAUAUAUUAAUCCUUUUAACUAUUCCAUUGUUUCCCCUAUUUUCUUAGAUUGUGAAAGAAUUCCUUGAGCAUGACAACCUCCCCGGGGACCUCAAGACAGACAUUCUCACUCCAGACUUCCGUAAAAUUCAUCAGAUAUUUCAUAACAGUUUAAAUUAUACAUUCGAGAAGACCAUGUCAUUUCUAAUUCCCACCUAUAUUAAAAUGGCAUUGCAUGGGUUAGUGCCUAUGUCUUAUGUGUCAUAUGCAGAGCCCUUAAGGUAAGCAGGAUAUGGAGGAUGAAUUUAACCUCUGACACACUUGUAGGAUUUAAAAGAUACAAAAGUUCCUUUGAUUUAAAAAGUUUUAGAUAAAUUGACUAAACUGAAUUUUUUUUAAUGCUUGAUUAUUUCAACCAGCCAUUUUGCAUUUAUAUCAAAAUUAAAUAUUUCUGUAUUGAAACAGUAACAAUUAACACUAACUAAUGAAGCAGAACAUUUGAAACAUUUAAAUUUACUGACAGAAAUUGGAGCUUUCAUUGUUGUUUUUGAUGAUCCUUGCUUUUAUUUGUAAAGCAUUCUGAAGGUUCACACUCUUGAAGCCAAGAAAUGUUUCAUGGUCAGUUGGGUUAUAAAAGAAAAUGAAAGGCAAGGUGGGUAAUAACUUAAACAAUCUUUUGUUAUGAAAUUGGAUCAGAACAAAAAUUUUCACAAUGCAUUUUUUUUUUUUUGGAUGAAUGUUUUAUAUAGGAAAGGAAAUAUUGGAACAAGGUAUGUGAAAGCUUGAAAUAUAAAGACGGGAUAUGAAAGAAGAAACAUUUUUCUCACAAUGCACUUUUUUUUGGUGAAUAGUUCUUUUAUAUAGGAAAGGAAAAAGUGGAACAAGGUAUGUGAAAGCUUGAAAUAUAAAGACAGGACAUGAAAAAAGAAAGUUUCUUAAUUUGUCCUGUCUGCUGAGGAAGGCUCUUAGCAGAAACAUUCUUCUUUUAUUGUCCUGUCUUUAUAUUUUAAGCUUCCAGGCACCUUGUUCAACUAUUUCCUUCACACAGCUUGAAUGUUUAUUAUCCUUUAUGUAGUAACUGGUGCACUGAGCAAUUCCAAAAAGAUUGUCAGAAACUUUUGUUAUUUUAUUUUUUUAACAACUGUGACAAGUCUUUUUUUUCUUUACCUAGAUUUGGGUGAGAGUUUCACUCCUGGCACAUGCUUUGAAAUAUCUGUACCCAUUGGUCUGUUUACAUCCAAUUUUCCUGAAAUGUCUGCAAAAUUCAAUGGUAAUUCAUCUUUUAUAAAAUUUAGUUAUUCAUGCACCAGCCUUCCUUUUAUUUUGCAGACAUGAUAAUAAACACAGGUAAUAAAAACUAAUGACUCUUCAAUUCUAAAGACAAAUAAUAAUAUAUAAAGAGCUUGUUUCCAAAACGGGGUUUCAACCAUUUUCGAAAAAAAAAAAAAUUUGUGUAUAGAAAACCAGGUUCCUUUAGGACAAGGUGAAGUUUAUUUACAAAACACAUUAUAUUCCUAUUUUAUUCUUGUCUAAAAAUGAUUAAAUUCUUUUAACGCAGUAUGUACUUUUUUUGUAAAAAGUUAAAUAAUCUCAAAAAUGGAUAUAAAGCAUUUUGAAAAUCAGCUCUUCAUAUAUAACUGAUGUUUCUUGAUUAUUAUUACAAAAAAUUGUAUCUUAACAUUUUUUAAAUGGGGGUUUAUUCAUUAACAUGCUUAAUAUUUUACAUUUUAAUUCAUUUUGAAAAGCGAAGCUACAAGUUUGUGUACUUCAUUUCGAUACAUGAACUGCUGUUGAUACUUCUUGCAAACCUAUGAGCUCAUAUCUACUUCAGUGCAAGAAAAAAAUGCUUACUAUAUCUAACUUAGUUCUAACACACCCAACCAUAAUAUAUUUACAGCUGUCAAUACUAAAAGAAAGGCAGUUCGAGAAGGACAGAGGCAGCAAAAGAUGACUUCAUUUUUCAAAGUCAUGAAAAGGGAUCGAACUUGAAGUAGGUGUUACCAUGCACAAAAGAGAAUUGUCAUCCAGCUGCUGAUGGCCAGGAAUGUUGCUCUCAACAGAAUCACUCACUGGAAGAAGUCGAUUGUCAUAAACAAAUUAGCAAGGUCUUAUCAGCAUAUUUGUAUUCUUCCUUUACUUGAAGAAGUCUAUCUGAAUGUUUAUUGUAUUUCCUUUGUAAAUCUCAAAUGCAAUUGUCCUAAUGUGCCAAAAAAGUUUUGUUGGCAUGAGUAUUGAUUAUAAUUUUUAAAAUGCUUAUCAAAUCCAUCAAUAUUUUGUAUAGAAAACCUGUCAAAGAAAUAUAUCUAUAAUCAUUCUUGAAUGGAUCUUGUCUGCCCUGAAGGGACAUAAAUUAUGAAUGAAAAUCAGGUGAAAUGCCAGUGUCAUUAUUAUAACAUCCCUUCGAAAAGAUAGCUUGGGGUUUUCCAUAAAAAUGAUUUUUUCCAUAAUUCAAGGUUCUCAGUCAUGAUUUGACCACAAUAUGGAUUAAAAGAGAAAUAGGAUGAUAACAUCUAAAGGGCGUGAUAAAUGGUGGAUAUAUGGACCGCAUUCUGGAUUAAUUUUUUUAGAUUAUGCAUCUCAUCCUGUGAAUUACACAUGCAAUGUGAUUGCGUUGCCCUAGCUAAUCAUUAAAUGAUUGUUACAAUUUUCUAGUCGAAAUUUAAAUUAAUGUUAAAUAGCAUUCUCAGAUUAUGCUACUUUUACCACUAGUUAUACAUUAAGUUUUUCAGAGUGCACAGGGUGCUACACAUAUUGCUAUAUGUACAGAUAUUCAUUCCUAGUUUUAAAAAAAUCGACAUGGUGGUACAUUCAUUUAAUCAUAUUAUUUAAGUGGUACAAUAUCAAAAAAAUGUUUGAAACUCCUGUGUACUGAGUGAAUUGGCUGUUAGACCUGACUGAAAGGUAUUGAUAAAUGUUUUAUUAAUUAGAGAUAAAAAGUUGGCUGUUGAUCAACGUUGGUGAGGUACCAUAUACAAAAUAAAUAAAUGAUGCAAUGAUGCCAUUCAUGUUGAAACAAAAGGAUAGAAAAUUUAAAAGUAAAACUGUUGGUAGUUAUUAUUCUAUAACUACUUAGAUCAGCUGUACCCAACCUUUUUUUCAUAUGAGGAACCUAUUCACAGACUCACUGUAAAAAUAGAGCACAAUAAUACACUUAUCACUUACUUGAGUAAAAAUAUUUCAUUGUCAAAAAAUAAAGGAGAAGAGUAGUUAAGCAAGACAUGAAGGAAAAAUUGUUGAUGCAGAAAUAAGAAAAAAAUAAUUUUUCAUAAAAUUUAUUGAUUACAAACAUAUUCUUUGAGAAGCUUUUAAUUUCAUUUUGCAUUUGGGAAUAUAUGACCUUCAAUCACUUUUGUUUAUUUCCAUUUAUGACGCUUUUGUCAAGGUGUAAAUGUUCGACAUAUGUAAAAUCAUUCAAAAUGUUAAAACCUUAAUUUUUUUUUUGUACAUAUUACUUUGUAUACUAUACCAUCUUACCCUCUACAUUAUUAUCUCCCUUGUUAAAAGUUCUAUUGGAAAUACAAUGAUUUUUAUGUUUUAAACAAAACAAAAAUUAAGUUUAAAAAAUUUUCAAUUUAUUUACUUCUUAAAUUCCUGUUCAUAUUUUGGGAUGUCAAUGUAUUCUUACAAAUUUUUAUGAAAAACAAACCGUUUUUAUGUAUGAAAGAAACAAAAUAAUAUAUUUCUACAAACGAUGACAUUUAAAUUAUUUAAUUAUGUCCCAGUGAUGUUCAAAGAGAUACAUUUUUUUAUAACCAUCUUACACACAUACCAUUUAUCAAAUAAUAUAUAUAUAUAUAUAUGAAUGCCAAGGAAUGAAAACAAAACAAACUUGCAUUUGUCUUGUGUUCCAAUCCUCUUUGAUUGAUAUAGAUUUCUAAUGAGCUUGAUUGUUUGUUUACUCACUGUAAUAUAUUGAAAUAAUUUCUUUUUAAAUCUAUAUGGUAAUGUAUAGACCCGCAAUAUCAUUGACAUUGCUUUUCUUGGUGUAUUUCUCUAGUGUUUUUAAUUCUUUUUGGCAUUUUUAUUACAAUUUGAAAAAAUUUCAUCAGACAAAGUAAAGUCAUUGUCAUAAUGAAGUCAUUGUCAAAGUUAAGAUCAGAACACACAUUUUGUCUCAUCUAUAAUCAUUAUUUUUGUGGAGUAAUUUAAUUUAAACAAAAUUUAUGUUCAGUGUCAUUUGAUAUCAAUUAAACAAGCAUUUAAUGAAUAAUU